CAUCAUUAUGGCAAAAGGUGUAUAAAUCUAAUCUUUUAAUUCUUGUCAAAGGGGACGAAAAAUGGGGAAACAAUACGAUUAUUCUAGGCAUAAGUACUGUAUUAGCUUCAACGUUGACGAUGACUCCAUCGCAUCUAGAAUUGUGUCCAUUUAUGAUGAAAACCCUGUGGGAGAUUUUAGGUUAGUCAACAUCCAAGCAGCAUAUCAUUUCUUAUUCUGACAGACAUGCUUUAAUAAAGAAUGAAAGAAAAACAAAGAAAAACCUCGCUUUUAUAUUAUUCUGAUACCGGAAUCGUUAUAGCCACAGGUGACUUAGCCGAUGCACUGAUAAAAAAGUUUAAAAAAUACCAGGAGUAUCUUGUGUACGUACCCAACAUAUUUAUGGAACUACACAAUAUCUAUUGGAGGUCACAGCAAGAUUCUUAUGAACGUAAAGCACAAGACAAAACUAUUCUCGAGGAAGUGAUAAAAGUAUUGAUGGAAGAAGUUGAUUAUUGGAAAGAAAAGUCAAAUUGUACAAAUAUGGAUUUCUAUUAUGAGUUUACUCUCCCUACAAACUGGGACUACAGAAUUAGAGAAGAAUUAAUCCAGGAUCUAUUUAUUAAGGCUGGUCUUAUUGAUGAAUAUCGCAACUGCGGCAGAUUAGUUUUUUUCACAGAGUUAGAGUCGACUUUUCGAUACAUCCAAUCAACAAUUAAUCCCAUUAAAAAUGAGGGGAUACAGCCUGGCAGACAGUAUGUUAUUUGUUCAUUAGACUUUCAAAACCGAAUGAAUGUAGAUCUAGAGUUAGUUACAGCCCAGUAUCCUGCUUUGACAGCAAUAAAUAGCAGGUCUGUCCCACAAUUAUCAAAGAAGGCACAUUUCGAGAUAGCCAUUGAAUUGGAAGAAUUAAGACUGUCGCUCAUAGCCCGUCUAAAAGGGCAUUCCAAUAUAAUAUUAGCACCAGAAGUUAUUGACAUGAUGCUAACAAAAUUGAAUUUAGUAGAAGAAGACAUCGAACAUGGACGGCCCAGUUCAAUUUCGUACGAAAUUUCAUCACAUCGACCUUUUUAUGACUUAGCAGAUCUUUUUGAAAAACAAUAUGGUUUAAAGAAGAUAGAAAUCGAAGCCAUUAGAUUAAUAACUGUGGAAGAUAUAUACGAAAACUUGUCUAGUCCUGCUGAAACCGAGUUUAAAAAUCAAAUGAAUAAUUUAUUCCAGGAUAUGGGCAAUAAAAAGAUUAGAUCGAUGGUCAUUUUCUAUACAGACCGAAUCUCUGAAAAUUCUAAUACAUAUGGCUUACUAAAGUUAAUUGAAAAAUGGUCGAAAACUUAUGGUGAAGAGCAAGAAAAUUCGUACAAAUUGAUCGAAAACAAUGGAACCUUUAGUUUCCCAAUACAUCGGUUUUUUACUAGAGAAUAUGGAAUUGCUAAGUUGAUAAAAGAGCAAUUACAUGAGUUUAACACGCACAGAGACCCAAUUAUACUGCCUAAGGAUACAGAAACUGGGCAAUCCGAAAGCCUUUUGAAACCUACAUAUUUUAUCAGUAUUGAUAUGUUACCUACAAAAAUCAAGACCACUAUCACAUACUUGGAUGAAAAUAGACAGACUAAACAAACGGAAACAUUUGAAAGUGGUUUGAAAUCAUUGGAUAGCUUUAUUGUACGGUCAGAAUUAUAUCAAAGGCCGAUGCUACAUAUAACGAACAGACUGAAGCGUCAUUUAGAUAACAUGUUUGGAAGCUAUCUUGCAAUGUACUCCAAUUCUGAAAGACAAAGUAACCCUGUAUCCAAGUUACUAAAUCGAAUUUUACAAAAAAUGCAAUCAGGGAUUACUUUAAGCAAUUACCUCAGGAUAAAAACAAGUGCAGAUUGGCCAAAGGAAAUUAGAAAUAUAUUGCUUCCUCGAAUCCGAACCUACUUAAGCAGCUUGCAGAAAACGUCGAAAUGGACGAUCUUUUCAUAUCGAGGGAUGAACCUUGUGGAGAAGACAGCAAUAUAUUCACUACCUGCCAUCCAGGUUACAUCUUUUUUUUAAGAUCGCUUAUCUGUACAGUCUCAACAAGCUAUUAGAAAAAAAGCUGGAAGAUAAAUUUGGAAACGGUUGGCAAAGCAAUAACAUCUGGUAUGGUGUCUCUGUCGAUAAGAAUUUAUUAGAUAAUGUAUUCG